UUGCAUCAACAAAUAAAUACCAAUGGUUACCACCCAUUACCAUUCCAUGGACUCUUUGGACAGUGUUUUAAUCGACAGUGUCGGAGGACCAGGUCAAACAGCAUUGGAUCACGUUCCAACAUGAGUGAUGCACCUGCUGAAGUAAGAAUUGUACUUUUGGGAAAAACAGGAUCUGGGAAGAGCAGCGCAGGAAAUGUUAUCCUGGGGGAACAGAAGUUUAACGUUUCAUCUAAUCCAAACAGUGUAACAAAAUAUUGUCAAACAGAACAAGGAAACAUUAAUGGCAGGAAGAUUACAGUCACUGACACACCAGGGAUCAUUGACACUCAAAGGUCUGAGGAAGAUCUGAAGUAUUCCAUAGUAUCCUGUCUCACUCACUGUGCUCCUGGUCCACACGCCUUCAUCUUAGUGCUGAGAGUGGGAAGAUACACCAAAGAAGAGGAAGAGUCUGUGAGGAUAAUACUGAAGUGGUUUGGGGAGGAAGCCCUGAAGCACACAGUUGUCCUUUUCACACAUGGUUAUGAGCUUGACGAAAACCAAACCAUUAAUGGGUUUGUAGAGAAGAACAAGGAUCUGAAGGAACUUGUUGAUAAGUGUGAGGGCCGAGUCCAUGUCAUUGACUCUAAGUACUGGAACAAUAAAAAUGCUCAGUCUGCAGAUCUCCUGGAACAACUAAAGAAAAUGAUGAUAGAGAAGAGAGAAGCUGGGGAACCACAGGCUGUUCAGAUACUGGAAGACCUGAAGAACCAGAUAUUACAGCAAAGAUCCUCAGCACUUGAUCAGGAACUGGGCCAAAGGUCAGGAAGACCUACAAGCUCUCAUGGAAACCUGGAUGGAUCAGAGUACAGGAGCAACAGCUUUCAGAUUAACCAGCUGCUGAAAACUAUAGACAACAUGGUGAAAGGGAAUGAAGGUCGUUGUUACACUGAGGCAUUUUUUUUCUUAAUGCCGUCUGCCAUAAAGACAAGCUUACAAUGUGUCUUGCAAUAAGACCAGGGAAGCAGGAGCAAUAAAACAGAGAAUUGGGGAAUGAGGGAACAUUCCCCAGUGUUUAUAAGGAAAACAGCUAAACAAUGAGGGAACUGCUGGGGUCGGGACGUCCGCCCCUGGGACUGGAACCUCGGAGGGUGGAGCCUUUUUAGCGAGCUUGGGGACAUGCGGGAUAGUAUCCCUUAUGGACCUGGCCCCUUUUAAUACCAGGCACGUCCCCAGAAAGGGGCGAGCUGCUGACCCAGGCAGCAAAGCAGUGAGCUGACGAUCCUUGGGCGUCCGCUGUGGAUCGGCGGGGAUUCCUGGGGAGGCGAAUACCGCCGGGUUGAGGAUCGGGAGAGGUUCCUCCCGACUCGCAGCAGGACAGGCAGCAGAGACAGAGAGAGCCCCUAGGGAGAGCUCUGGCGCAUCCUCCCAUCUGCGGCUUUUCCGCUUCUUUCUCCUUCCUGCAGCAGGUAGCAGAGUCUGGGGCACCUCGGGUAGCUGACAGCGGACCAUAGGGUAAUACACUGCCCAUGGCUACCCGCCGCAUCGUGGACUCCACCACGCCUCUUCUCAGCUGCGGCACAUUCUCGCGCACCUCAUCAGUGAGGUGCGCAUCCUCGAAUGGGGACAUGCUCUCCAAAAUAUCCCCGGUACAAGCAGCCAGGGCGAGAGCCGUAGGGUCCUCCUGGACCUCGGGCUGUUGCAGCCAAUAAAUUACCACGUUCGUGAGGUCCGUGUAUUCCGCCUUGCUGACGUGCAGCAUCUUCUCUCCGAGUCCGGUCAUUCUAUCUUGCAAUAUGACUGGGGAAGCAGGAGCAGGGAGAUGAAGAAUUGGGGAAUGAGGGAUUUAUUAGGAAAACAACCAUGCUAGGCACAAGAACAGACGUCAGCGUGACACACGGGAGGAGGGGGCUGGACACAAUGUUUCACUGUUAAAAUGACUUGUGUUUUGGAUAGCUUAUAUAUUUUAUUUCAUUUGAUAUGGGCUUCACAGUAGCAUUAGAAUUGUAACAUUUAUGCGCAUUGACGAGAUGCAAUGUCUUUAGUGUUUAUAGUGAAUAAAUAAAAUGUUCAAUGCACAUGUGUAAUAGUGUUUGAUGUUUUUACAGUAAUGUUUUUAUAUCAAACAUAAUGUGAAAAUAUAUCUGUAUGUAGAAAUGAGGGGGCCAAGCAGACUAUCAGGGAAUUGUUGUCAUAGAAACUUCACAUCAUUUUGUCAAGGCUAUGUACUCACAGCAAAUAUCAUGUCAGUUGACCAAAGGUUGGCCAAGAUGUGAGCCCUCUUCCUGCUUGAAUGCUUCACUGCCAAACUUGAUUAGCUGUGGUUAACCAUAUGAUAAUUUUUUGAUGCUUUGUCUGAAGAUUGUCUUUGAAAAAUUUAGUGAAGAUUCGACAAUUAAGAUUAGGGCCACUUAAAACUUCUUUUUGACUAAUUUCAAAAGGGUGGCUAUGCUUCUUUUAGAAACUCUUCUAUCCUCCACUCGUUACCUGUAUUAGUGGCACCUGUUUGAAAUUGUUAUCAGUAUAAAAGACACCUGUCCACACCUUCAAAUAGUCAGACUCCAACCUCCACCACAGCCAAGACCAGAGAGCUGUUUAAGGACACCAGGGUCAAGAUUGGCUCAUCCCAGUUUUGUGCAGGUGUACCAUCUACAAUAGGCAAGCAGCUUGGUUAGAAGAGAUCGACUGUUGGAGCAAUUAUUAGAAAAUGGAAUAAAUACAAGAUCACUGACAAUCUCCCUCGACCUGGGGCUCCAUGCGAGAUCUCACCUCAUGAGGAACAAAUGAUCUUGAAAACAGUGCGAAAACAGCCCAGAACUACACGGGGGGAACUGGUCAAUGACCUGAAGAGAGCUAGGACCACAGUAAUAAAGGUAACUGUGUUACUAAACUAUUAGUAACACACUACGUCGUCAUGGAUUAAAGUCUUGCAGCGCUCAAAAGGUCCGUAGAUUUUGGGCAAAAACCCAAAAACAGUGCACUGAAGAUGAAACGUGGCUGGAUCUUCCAGCAUGACAAUGAUCCCAGACACACUGCCUGGGCAACGAAGGA